CUCCUCCACCCACCAUUUAUUUUGAUAUUUGAUUCUUUGACAUUUUUGGGUGUUUUUUUAUUUUCUGUUUUCCGUUACCUGUUUGAUUGAAGAACUUGGGAAACAAAUAUUUCUUGUUAUCUCAUCUGGUUGUUUAUGCCCUUUAUAAAUAAUUUCAGAAGCUUGGAUUUUGCACUAAGAACCACUUGUUGUUUUCCUUUUGUUAAAUUGCUGGGUCUUUUUGAUUAAAUUGAGUAAAUUCAGUGGGAAUCGGUCAUGGAGGGCAAAUGUGCAAUCAAGAAAGAUGUUACUGAAUUAAUAGGUAAUACCCCUAUGGUAUAUCUGAACCAUAUCGUCGAUGGCUGCGGUGCUCGAAUUGCUGCCAAGCUCGAGCUGAUGGAACCUUGCUCCAGUGUUAAGGACAGGAUUGCAGACAGUAUGAUUAAAGAUGCAGAAGAUAAGGGCUUGAUUACACCAGGGAAGGUAUGUGUCCUUAUCGGGCCUACCGGUGGUAAUACCGGCAUUGGAUUGGCUUUCAUUGGAGCAGCUAGGGGUUAUAGAGUUAUUGUCACGAUGCCAGCUUCUAUGAGCAUUGAGAGGAGAACCGUUCUUCGAGCUUUUGGAGCUGAAGUAUGCCUCACAAACCCAGCCAAGGACUUUAAGGGGGUAUUAGACAAGGCUGACGAGAUACUGAAGAACACACCUAACGGUUACAUGCUACAGCAAUUCGCAAACCCUGCCAAUCCUCAGAUUCAUUACGAAACCACCGGUCCAGAGAUAUGGAAAGACUCGGAAGGGAAAGUUGAUGUACUGGUUGCAGGCAUAGGGACUGGUGGUACAGUAACAGGUGCAGGGAGAUUCCUCAAAGAGAAAAACUCAGAGAUCAAGGUAUAUGGGGUAGAACCUGUUGAAAGUGCAGUCUUGAAUGGUGGAAAACCUGGCUUUCAUCUGAUCCAAGGAAUUGGUGCUGGUAUCAUCCCUGAUGUUUUGGAUGUUGGCCUCCUUGAUGAAGUUGUCCAGGUAUCUAGUGAAGAAGCCAUUCAAACUGCUAAACAGAUAGCCUUGAAAGAAGGUUUACUGGUUGGUAUAUCAUCUGGUGCUAAUACAGCAGCUGCAAUUAAGUUGGCAAAGAGGCCAGAAAAUGCUGGCAAACUCAUAGUUGUAAUUUUUCCCAGUGUGGGUGAGCGUUACCUGUCGUCUGCAAUGUUUGAGUCCCUAAGGCAUGAAGCAGAAAACAUGCCCAUUGAUUGAUGCCAUUGUUAUCCUCAAUCACAAAUUCCUUGUACUUAGCAUUCCACUAUGAACUAUGUCUACCUCUGCCUUUUUCUUUGUACUUUGUAUUCUAUGUUAUUCGGGUUUAAGAUAAAUAUUAAAUACGGGUAUGUGUAUGGAAAGUCAGACAUGGGAUAUUUGACAACAUUUCUAACACUUUUUCUUUUAGCAAUUGGAAUAUCUAGAUCAGAAAAUUCAUUGGUUGGA